GUGCUCAUCCUCCGAGGUGAGAGAUAAAUGUGCUUGCGUGCCUCCUUAUGGAGUAGAUACGUCAGCACUGGAGGAGGCGCCAGAGGGCUGGCUUGGAGAGGCUGCUGGGCAGGGGAGAAGAGUGCGCGAUAACAAGAAAAUGAACCGAAAGUAGCGUCAAACAUUCAGUCUGGAGAGGAGAGGAAGGGAGAAAUGCUGGAAAACUGACUGGGAUGAAAAACUCCGAGCCAAGACGCUGUGUUUUACUACCAAAGAAUAGUUUUUAAAUCAGUCUCCACGUCGCACAGAGGAACUGAAAUAUUCAAAUGUUUUAGGUUGUUGACCAAACUCCCGGCGCACCUCUCGCUGUCUGCGCGCAGAGAGAGACUGGAUGAGCUUGAAGUGUCAGCUCCAGCACCUGAGGAGAGGACAGCUCCUCACUGUCUGCUUCUUCGGACCUGCUCCUCAGAAACUCUGCGGCUUCUUUUAGUGCUCGCCUUUGCAGCCUGACUCUCUCUGGCUGCUCCAAGUCUGGAAAAAGAAGCAAAAAGAUCCGCCUGAGGAGAGACCCGCGGCAGACAGUGUUCUCAAUAUGUACCAGGGGCAUUCACAGGGGAAAGACUCUAGGGCUGCAGAUAAGACUGUUGCCAUGGUCCUGAAGGAGAUACCCAGUAAAGCAUCAUCAGAAGGGAAGCCCCUCCUCACAGUGACUACCAAGCUGGUGAGUGAGCAACAAGAGAGCCGGCCACUUCUCAGCCCUUCCAUAGAUGAUUUCCUCUGUGAGACCAAAUGUGAUGGAGUUUCCCGACCAGUGACGUCCAACACAGCUGUUUUGUCUUCAACACUGGAUCUGCUGGAUCUCAGCGAACCUGGUGAAAGGAAGAACAGCAAAGACAGGAAUAGCCUCUUGUCUUCCCGGUGUGACGGGCAGAAGAACAAUUCACACAAGAAAAAGACGGAUGAGACGGAGCUGAUUCAGGUGGAGGUGGAACAAACAGGAUCAAGCAUGCGAACCACAGAGAGGCGAUCGCUGGAUUCAGUUGGAUCAUUAGAUAAAUGGGAAGAGCUGAAUCCCAUCCCUGAGAAAAAUGGCAACAGAAAGUGGAAGUUGGAAAGACGGCGUUCCUCUAAAAAUUCCUCUAAUGAGUUUCUUUGGUCCAUAGAUUGCAAAACCCAAAUAGACUCAUCAAAUAAGAACACCUUGGAAGCGAAUGCCAAAGUCGAGCCAGAGUCCGCCCUUGCAUCACAACUCAACAGGCAGUAUAUUAGUGGAAGACAUGCUCGCCUGACGAAGGAGCACCGCUGGGGGAGCACCCUGCUUUCCAGACAUCAGUCACUGGAGGAAGAGUUUGAGCGUGCCAAGGCCGCCGUUGAGUCGGAUACCGAGUUCUGGGAUAAGAUGCAGGCGGAGUGGGAAGAGCUGGCGCGACGAAACUGGCUGACAGAAAACGAGCAGGCACAGAUCCCUUCCUCCGUAUCUCCACACGAGAAGGGUUACUACUUCCACACAGAUAAUCCCUAUAAAGAUUUUCCUAAUGCAUUUGAGGAGGGACUGAAGAAGUCUCGAGAGGGAGACCUGCCAAAUGCUGUGCUUUUGUUGGAAGCGGCCGUCUUGCAGGACCCAAACGACUCAGAGGCUUGGCAAGUGUUGGGAACCACACAAGCUGAAAAUGAGAAUGAGCAAGCAGCCAUCGUGUCCCUCCAAAGGUGUUUGGAGCUCCACCCCAACAAUCUCUUGGCCCUCAUGGCGCUGGCAGUGAGCCUGACCAACACUGGAAUGCGUCAUGACGCCUGCGAGGCCUUGCUUCGCUGGCUGAGACACAACCCAAAGUACAAAAACCUCCUGAAGAGCAAAGCUCACCUGGUAGGAUCCCCAAACUCCCAACGAAGAAUGUCCAGUGUUCCCAUGGGCAGGCAUGACAGCUCGCUGCUACCAGAGGUCAAAGAGCUUUUCCUGGAAGCAGUUCAGCAAAACUCGGACAACGUUGACCCGGAUUUGCAGACAGGCCUGGGGGUGCUGUACAAUCUCAGCGGAGAGUUUAACAAAGCUGUGGAGGCCUUUAAUACAGCCCUGUCAGUGCGACCUGAGGACUAUUUGUUGUGGAAUCGCCUGGGAGCCACGCUGGCAAAUGGGGACCGGAGCGAGGAAGCAGUGGAGGCUUACACGAGAGCCCUUGAGCUGCAUCCAGGGUUUAUCAGAUCUCGCUACAACCUUGGCAUCAGCUGUAUUAACCUGGGGGCACACAGAGAGGCGGCCAGUAACUUCCUGACUGCCUUAAGUCUGCAAAGGAAAAGCCAGAGUCAUCAGCAGUCCCACCAGGUGAUGUCUGGAAACAUCUGGGCAGCUUUGAGGAUAGCUUUGUCAAUGAUGGACCAGCCGGAACUCUUCCAGGCCGCCAACAUCGGAGACCUGGAUCUUUUAAUGCGGGCUUUUAACUUAGAUAUCUGAAGAGCGGGAGUCAGCGAUGAUCUCAUCUCCCCUUUAGCCAUCCUCCAAUCUCAGCCCAUUUAGUAAAAGCCCAGGGUGAGCACGUCAGAGUGGACAUGUGUUCAAGACAGAAGUGUGUCCUAUGCACAUCCGAAUGAACUACAGUCAUUCAAGCUGCCACCUUUUACCCUUUUUUUUUUUUUUUGGUAGCUUGGAGCAGGUUGUAGCGGCCGGUUCUUCCAGCGAUUUGGAGUGACUGCUUUGUGAUGAAAUUUGCACGGCAAUUUAUGAUUUCCCUGAAGAGCACAAGGACGAGCGAAGACUGUAUGAGCAAUGCCUUAGAGGACACAUCAAUUAAAAGCUGACUCAUCCAGUGGAACAGAGCUGAGACAGGGGCAAGAGCCAGUUUUAAGACUCCCAUAGAGGAAGCCUCACUAACUGUUUGCAAGAAAAAGGAGGUUAUAUGGGGGGGG